GGGACCGCAGGGGCCGCCAACCCGCUUUAUAUGGACACGGCCCCCCCCAACCACCGCCGGGGGAGAGGGCUCAGGCCUUCCCUGCUGGCCAGCGCCUCCCCUCUAAUUUCCUCUCCCAGCCCCCUUACUCUGUUCACGGUACCUUCCUCCAUUUCGCCCCUCCCUUUCUGCCUUUGGAUCAGUUUUUCCCAGACCCAGACUCACCCCUUCCCCAUCUCGGUUAGAUCAGCCCCUGGCCCCAUCCCACUGUAUUUGGUCAGUCCCCUUCCCUUUCCACCCCUCCUUCUACCCCCUCUCCUUUGGAUCAUUCCCAAUCACAAAUCCACCCAUUCAGUCUCCCAGCCCCCUCCCCAUUUUGCUCGUCCCAGUAGUCGGUCCCCUCAUCCUUCUCCUGGCCUUCCAUCCCCAGCUGGGACAGAGAUGAAGGCCGCCUUGCCAGCCCUCAGUAUCCUGAUGGGGAGGCGUCAGGCCCACUCACAGACAUUAGGGAACCUGGACCAAGGGAAGCCGAAGGGGAGUGGUGCUGUCAGCAGGCUGCCAGAGUCAAGGGAACCCAAGGUGGAGAAGACUGAGUUUGAAUCCACCAUUCAUGUGCUGUGUGACCCAAUGCAAGUUACACACCUCCUGUGGCCCAUGUUAGGGACAUAAGCCCCUCAUACUUGAAGGACUCUGAGAUGACCUGGGCCACUUAGCUAAAGGCAUCUGGAAACCACGUGGCACCUAGUGCUGUCUGUAAACUACAUGCACAAUGUGUCUCUCACAUACAGUCUGAAUGUCUUUCAAAUGAAUGUAGA